AUGGCCGUGCAGAGGCUCGUGGCUGCAGCGGUGGCGGUCGCCCUGCUUUCUCUGGUACUUAACAAUGUGGCGGCAUUCACCCCGAGCUGGGUCCUGCAAGCCCUGGAAGAUGGGCGGAAGAGGAGCGUAGGAUUGUGGAAGAUGUGUCCCACUGGAGGGGAGAGGGUUCAGGUGGCAUUGAGGCAAUGUGAAGCUUUGGGAUGGGGCUCUGAGUAUGCUGGCUAUAAAGAAUCCCGCAGCUCUGUAAAAUUGCAAUUCGACAUGAUGCGAGCGUGCAACUUGAUGGCGACCGUCGCCCUGACAGCCGGGCAACUAAUCUUCCUGCUCGGGUUUAUGGAGUUGCCCUUCAUCACGCGAGAAUCUCAAUGGUGGGAGGAGGCAAUCGCUGCUCUCUUUCAGCUAGCCAGUUUUGUGCUGGUGAUUGGACUCGUGACCUUCUACAGAAUCGGGCCUAACACACGUCUAGCCUACUCCUGUUACAUAGACAUCGCUGCAUGCCUGCUGGCUACCACGGCGGCGGCCAUGCUCAUCUGGAACAUUUUACACCGCCGUGACGAUUGUCUGACCCCACGAGUCAUCAUCAUCAGUCGUUCGCUGACGUCCCCUUUCCACCCACGUCUGGACAAUGAUUAUGUGGAUUCACCAUGUUGA